UUUUAGCUGAUUUCCUAUUCUGAGUUGCGCCUCGCCUGGAUCUUUCCCCUCUAAUUUGCCUUCUCUUCUUCCCCCAUCCUUUGCUCUCUCCCGCUGCACAUCAAUUCCCAUGGCUGACCAGCUUACUGACGAUCAGAUCUCCGAGUUCAAGGAGGCCUUCAGCUUGUUCGACAAGGACGGCGAUGGCUGCAUCACCACCAAGGAGCUGGGGACUGUAAUGAGGUCAUUGGGUCAGAAUCCAACUGAAGCUGAGCUGCAGGACAUGAUCAACGAAGUCGAUGCGGAUGGAAAUGGAACUAUCGAUUUUCCCGAGUUUCUUAAUCUGAUGGCAAGAAAAAUGAAGGACACCGAUUCAGAGGAGGAGCUGAAGGAAGCAUUCCGUGUGUUCGACAAAGAUCAGAAUGGGUUCAUUUCUGCUGCGGAGCUUCGGCAUGUAAUGACAAAUCUCGGCGAGAAGUUGACAGACGAGGAAGUGGAUGAAAUGAUCCGUGAGGCAGAUGUGGAUGGUGAUGGGCAAAUCAACUAUGAGGAAUUUGUCAAAGUCAUGAUGGCCAAGUGAGAAACAAUCAAGUUAUUUUAACCUUAAAUCUGCUUAAAAAUGAAGAGGGAUAUGAUUUGUUUUCCCGUUUAGGCUGUCUCCAUUUGAGUUUUACUAUAUGUAUGUUCGUCUCUCUCGCGUUUUCCAUUAUUUGGGGUACUGCUUUUCAGUAUCCUGUUUAUUUGCUGCAAUGCAUUUCUUUAGUUUGGCAUGGCUGGCUGUUGGUGUCGGUCGUCUCUUUAAUCUUAAUAUUUCCUUCUACCUUUGAUGCUGUGAACCUAGAACAAUUGGUUGAUUGAAUCAGAUGAUUUUGCUUGUGGGAACUUAUAG